GCCGGAGCGACAGCCGGGCUGGAGUCCCGAGACCUCCGUCCGACGCCAGGCCCCGAAAUCUCACAACCCCCGCGGGGCGGAGCAAACCUGGAAGCGGCCGCGCUCAGUUUUGCAUAGCAAUGACCAGCUUUGCAUAACCAGUGAAGGCAAGCAUUUAAAGGCGCCGCCGCUGCCGCAGACCUCGUAGUCUCGCGCAGACCCACUGUUGGCGAUGAUCCCACACAUGCAGGCUCUGCUCCUGAUGGCCUUGGGCCUGCUUCUCGCCGGCCCUGCGGCCCAGGCACACGUCGUCUGUAACCAGCUGGCUAGCUUUUCCUGGGAGAACUGCGAUGUUGGGAAGGACCCUGUGGUGCUCAGAAGCCUGACUCUGGAACCUGACCCUGUUGUCCUUUCUGGGAACAUAACCGUCAGCUCCGAGAUCCAGUUCGGUGUCCCCCUCAGUAGUCCUCAGAAGCUGGAAUUACUUAUAGAGAAGGAAGUGGGAGGCUUCUGGGUCAAAGUCCCAUGUGUGAAACAACUUGGUAGCUGCAGCUAUGAUGACUUCUGCCAAACACUUGAUGCUUUAAUUCCCCCUGGACAGUCCUGUCCAGAGCCCCUGCACACCUAUGGACUUCCCUGCCACUGUCGCGUCCAAGCAGGCAUCUAUUCACUGCCCGAGACCGAGUUCACCCUGCCCAAGAUGGAGCUGCCCAGCUGGCUCAGCUCCGGGUCCUACCGUAUCAAGAGCAUCCUCAGCAGUGAUGGGGAACGUCUGAGCUGUGUCAAAAUCUUUGUCUCUCUGAAGGGCAAAUAAUGUGGUGGCACCAGCCACAGCAGAAUGAAGGGGUAUGAGGAAGAUGUCCCUCUUCUUCGGUCUUGCAUUUGCCAAGGUCAAAUCCUGUCCCCCUUCAAGCCCCUUUCUACAGUGAUGUCACUUCCCUCACUGAAAAUCAUUUUGUGCCACCGACGUUUUAGGCAUGGGCAGGCAGCCCUAGCCUCAGGAGGAGCUCGGCAGUUCUUGAUGGCCCAUGACACCUGCCAGGC